AUGAAUUCGUACUAUCCAAAGUUCUUGAUUCUAAUUUCACUUCUCUUAAUUCCUCUAUCUUCAUCUGCAUCGCCUUUAAAUCAAGAAUCACAAGCUAUAGAAUCUCUGCUAAACCGUUUGGAUGCCAAGAAACCAUCUUUUUCAGUACAAGAAUCUGCAGCCAAGGGUGUUCUUCACAGAUUGCUUCCUUCUCAUUUGUCCAGCUUUGAAUUUAAUAUUAUCACAAAGGAUGUCUGCGGUGGAAGUAACUGCUUUCGAAUAAGCAAUUACGAGAGGUCAAGCAGAGAUUCGGCUGAAAUAUUGAUACAAGGAACUACAGCAAUUGAAAUAACAUCAGGCCUUCAUUGGUAUUUAAAGUACUGGUGUGGUGCUCAUGUUUCCUGGGACAAGACUGGAGGUGCUCAACUUGCUUCAGUUCCCAAGCCAGGAUCACUUCCACAUGUGAAAAAUGAGGGAGUGAUAAUUAAGCGUCCUGUGCCGUGGAACUAUUACCAAAAUGUUGUGACUUCCAGCUAUUCCUAUGUUUGGUGGGAUUGGGAAAGAUGGGAGAAAGAGAUAGAUUGGAUGGCUCUUCAAGGAGUCAACUUACCUCUGGCAUUUACUGGACAGGAAUCCAUCUGGCAAAAAGUUUUCUCAGAGUUCAAUAUUACGAAGAAGGAUUUGGAUGAUUUCUUUGGUGGACCUGCCUUUCUUGCUUGGGCUCGCAUGGGUAAUUUACAUGGGUGGGGCGGACCUUUGACUCAAAAUUGGUUAAAUAAACAAUUGAUUUUGCAAAAACAGAUAUUAACCCGAAUGGUAGAGCUCGGGAUGACCCCAGUGCUCCCAUCAUUCUCCGGGAAUGUUCCAGCUGCAUUAAAAGCAAUAUUCCCCUUGGCGAACAUAACUAGACUCGGGGACUGGAACACCGUUGAUGGUGAUCCUCGAUGGUGCUGUACUCAUCUUCUUGAUCCUUCUGACCCUUUAUUUAUUAAAAUUGGAGAAGCAUUCAUUAAGCAACAGAUCAAAGAAUAUGGAGAUGUCACAAACAUUUAUAGCUGUGAUACUUUCAACGAGAACUCUCCACCUUCUAGUGACCCAACUUAUAUCUCCUCUCUUGGUUCUGCUGUUUAUAAAGCAAUGUCUAAAGUAGAUAGAGAGGCAGUGUGGCUAAUGCAAGGAUGGCUAUUUUAUUCAGACUCGUCAUUUUGGAAACCACCACAGAUGAAGGCACUUCUACAUUCUGUUCCAUUUGGGAAGAUGAUAGUGCUUGAUCUAUUUGCAGAUGUCAAACCAAUAUGGAAAUCAUCUUCUCAAUUCUAUGGCACUCCUUAUAUAUGGUGUAUGUUGCAUAACUUUGGUGGAAAUAUUGAAAUGUAUGGCAUAUUGGACGCAGUUGCUUCAGGUCCAAUUGAUGCCCGUAUUAGUAAAAAUUCAACAAUGAUUGGUGUUGGCAUGUGCAUGGAAGGAAUAGAACAUAAUCCUGUUGUAUAUGAGCUGAUGCCUGAAAUGGCAUUUCGAAGUGAUGCUUUACAACUGGAGGACUGGUUGAUAACCUACUCUCAUAGACGAUAUGGUAAAGCCAUUAAACAAGUUGAGACUGCCUGGAAAAUUCUUUAUCAUACAAUCUACAACUGCACCGAUGGAAUUGCUGACCAUAACAAAGAUUACAUCGUGAAGUUGCCUGAUUGGGAUCCAUCGCUGAGUUCCAGGUUUGAGAUGUCUGAAGUAAAUCACAUGCAAAAACUUGUUGAAAUACCACGAACCAGAAGGUUCUUGUUUCAUGAGACAAGCUCUUCCUUGCCUCAGCCACAUUUGUGGUAUAAUACUGGGGAAGUUCUCCGUGCAUUAAAGCUACUCCUUGAUGCUGGAAAUGAACUUUCUGGAAGCCUCACGUACAGGUAUGAUUUGGUUGAUUUAAUUAGGCAAUCACUCUCAAAGCUCGCAAAUCAGGUAUAUCUAAAUGCAAUAGCUGCUUUCCGGGAUGGGGAUGCAAAAGCUUUAAGUGUGCAUAGUCGAAAGUUCCUACAGCUCAUCAAAGACAUUGACAAACUUCUUGCUGCGGAUGAUAACUUUCUACUUGGUACAUGGCUCGAAAGUGCUAAAAAGUUAGCAGUAGAUGCAAAUGAGCUGAAACAGUACGAGUGGAAUGCAAGGACUCAAGUGACAAUGUGGUAUGAUAACACCAAGAAUGUUCAGAGCCAACUUCAUGACUACGCAAAUAAAUUUUGGAGUGGACUAUUAGAAGGAUAUUAUCUCCCGCGAGCAUCAAUGUAUUUCACUCGUUUGUUGAAAAGCUUGGAAGAAAACAAGGACUUCCAGUUGGAGGAAUGGAGACAAGAGUGGAUCACAUUCUCAAACAAGUGGCAAUCAGGUCGGGAAGUUUACCCGGUAAAAGCAAAGGGCGAUGCCCUUGUUAUUGCAAAGGAUCUAUAUCAGAAAUAUUUCACUUAA